GUUAAUGAUGGACGAGGUGAUGACCACCGCCGACGCAGCGACACUGGGCAGGGCGGCGCUGUCUAUGGCUCAGACAGCCUCGUCGGCUCUUCUGACUCCUCCGAAGCCUCCAUCGGAUUCUUCUUCUCCGCCAUCCUCGCUGCUUCCGAGCAACCUCCCGCUGAUUACCGCCUUCCUCGCCUUCGCUCUCGCUCAGUUCCUCAAGCUCUUCACCACUUGGUCAGCAUUUCGCCACUCCCCCUCCUUUCACAUGAUCAGGUUCAAGGAGAAGAGAUGGGAUUCUAAAAGGAUGGUGGACUCUGGUGGAAUGCCGUCUUCACAUUCCGCUACCGUUACCGCUCUGGCUAUGGCAAUUGGCUUGCAAGAUGGAACCGGAUCUCCUGCUUUCGCCAUUGCUGUUAUUCUCGCCUGUAUUGUGAUGUAUGAUGCUUCCGGGAUUAGACUUCACGCCGGUCGUCAAGCUGAAUUGCUGAAUCAAAUUGUGUGUGAGUUUCCUCCAGAACAUCCAUUAUCCAGUGUCAGACCUCUGCGCGAGUUACUUGGACACACUCCAUUCCAGGUUGUUGUUGGAGGAAUCUUGGGUUGCAUAGUAGCUUAUGUAAUGAGAAACACUAAAUAAAUUAAAAUGGGGUACUGAAUUUCUUAACAUCCACAAGGGAAUGCAACAGUUUCAGUAUAUCGCCACAAAUUGGAAGUAGCCGAGGCAGGGAAAGGAAGGGACUUUUAUGUACUCUAAGAACACCAUACCUCCAAUAAUCUUUAUCGAUUCUAGAAAAAUCCAUACCCAAUUCUUUCUGUACUUACACUGCUGUAAUUUUGUUUUUGUUUUAUUCUGUCAAUGGCUCCUUAGUCCAUUGUUGUUGGAAAUUCUUGUCAAACCAUGUUCAAUGUAAUGGAAAAGCAACUUGAAUCCAAUCUACUUCGAUUAUUUGCCUGGAGCUUCUCUUUUGUACAUAGUCGUUACCUUUUAAGCAUACUUCCAUUGGUACAUUACUAUUUCUAUCUUACUGUAAACAGAGAACAGAAGGAUAUAAAAGUUAUCUAGACACCUGCAAUAACAAGUACCAAGUUCUGUGUAUCCUUCUACCGGUAUUGAUUCACUGAAGAAUUCCUCUAGGUUAAGACAGUCCACAAAUGCUAUUAACUAGAG